AAAAGGUUCCUGUGUCCCGUGGUAGUGUUUGUCUCCAUAACAGACGAAUGUGGUUUCCAGCACUCGAAAUCCUCCCACUCGCGCAAAACCAGAUGUGCACAAAUUCGUUCUCCUCAAGGACGCAGUAAAACCUCCGCCAUUCGACCGUGUGCAUGUUUAGUCAAGUUUAGUUGGUUGAACCUCUCCGCAUACUAUCUCGAUUGCUAGUUCUUGCAACUACGUUCUUGUGAAUUCGUUUCAACCCCGAUGCCCUUAUGUAAUGUUGUUUCUGCACUGUGGUUACUAGGAACGAUACGGCCGAAUGUAUCCCCCUCAGAAACCCAUCACAGCAAUCGUGGUUACACUACCACAGGCACACACAGCCCCCAUGCUAACACGGCGGUGAGAAGGAUAUCGAUUUUCAUCACCACCAUUCACUCCUUACGAGGCACUGUGCGAACGAACAAGCAAACCCGAAGAACCUGGACACAGCGCUGCAUCGCAAACGCUGUACACCGCCGCCGGCCUCUGAAAAGGACUCUACACGGUAUCACCCUUCCUAUAGCGACAGCGGUUAUAAAAUUGCUCAUUAAAAUGGGAUAAAACAGAAUUAUGCUGAAUGUUUCACGUGUUUAUAGUAAGCGAACGAAACAAAUACUUCGUUGAGCGAAGUUUACCCUCGGGAUUACGGAUUGAGAGGUGCACAAAAACGACAAAAACUCGUCCUGCAUCAUGUAUCAGUGCCGCAAGUUUACGCGAAGGAAUCUGCUCUUCCUGCUGACGAUUGGUGUGGUGUAUCUGCUGCUCGAUCACUACUUCAAUGGCGAAGACUAUGGAGAUAACAGGGAAAAACUCGUAUUGAUCGAAGAAUCAAUCAAAUCACUUGCCAAUCAGGGAGCUUGCAAGAUGCCAAGUUUGCCGGUGGACUCGCCGGAAAUGUUGAGUUUUCUCAAGGACGAACCACCGAUCGAGUGUGGCAGCGAACUCCAAGACUGGGUUACGUGUGAGAAAGCAGUAUGUAAUAUAAAGCCAGAAGUAAUCAAGGAGAAGGGCAAAAUCACCUGCGACUAUGCGGACAUACUGCGGAAAAGCGACUUCAAGCUGUCGUUCGGCGAAACGACGCGCACAUCCGGCAGCUACACAUUGCAGGCCAGUGACUUUGUGCGCGCCAAGUGUUGGACGGACAGCCGGACGGAACGGUGGCAGGGUUUGCUGAUAGGCAUCCGGCAGGAUGAACAGCUGCGGGCACGGUCCGGCUGGAACAAGGAAUCCGCACUGAACGUGCUGAUGCUGGGGUUCGAUUCGCUCAGCCGCAACGCGUUCCAGCGCAAGCUGCCGAAGGCGUACAAGUACCUCACCAAGUACCUGGCGGCGGACGUGCUGCAGGGGUAUAAUAUCGUGGGCGACGGGACACCGCAAGCGCUGAUCCCGCUGCUGACCGGGUUCACCGAGCUGGAACUGCCCGACACACGGCGCCGGAUGAAGAACACCGAGUACGUGAACGUGUAUCCGCUGAUCUGGAAGGAGUACGAGAAGUAUGGCUAUGUGACUGCGUUCAACGAGGACGUACCGAACAUCGGCACGUUCUCCUACCGGUUGAACGGGUUCGACGAGCAGCCGACCGACCAUUACAUGCGAACGUACUACGUCGCGAUCGAGGCGUACCUAAGCUACUACAAACGGUUGUGCAUCGGCGCGAAACCACGCCACAAGGUGAUGCUCGACUACACCCGCGACUUCAUGACCAGCUACCGGCCCAGCACGCCGCGCUUCGUGUUCAGCUUUCAUGGCGAACUGUCGCACGAUUCGAUCAAUCUGGUCGGUGUGGCCGACACCGAUCUUACCAACUGGCUGGUGGAGCUUAAGAAAUCCGGCAUCCUGAAUAGUACCAUUCUGGUGCUGAUGUCGGACCAUGGGAACCGGUUCGCCGAGGUGCGCAAUACGCUGCAGGGCAAGCAGGAGGAACGGCUUCCGUUCUUCAGCUUCACCUUCCCUGACUGGUUCAAGACGCACCACCGGGAGCAGUACGAAAACUUCCGCCAGAAUCUGGACCGGCUUGUGACGCCGUUCGAUGUGCACGAAACACUGCAAGAUAUCUUAACACUUCAGACGCUCAAAGCGAAACAGAAGCCAGCUAUCUCGCGUGCCAUCUCACUGUUCGAUGUCAUACCCCAGAAUCGGUCGUGCGCGGACGCGUACAUUGAGCCGCACUGGUGCGCCUGCCUGAACUGGGAGCCGAUCAACGAUACGACCUCGUCGGAGGAGGUGUUCCGGUCGGCGAAAACGAUCGUUGACACCAUCAACCACCAUACCGAGCGCCAUCGGGGCAUCUGCGCGCUGCUGACGCUGGACGAAAUCCGCUGGGCGGCCCGGUUGCAACCGCACGAGGGGUUGGUGCGCUUCAAGCAGAACCGCGACACGGACGGCUUUCUCGGCGACUUUUCGUCCGAUGCGAUACGUGCGCCGCACGACAUGUACCAGGUGAAGCUCGUGACCAACCCGAGCAAAGCGAUCUACGAGGCGAGCGUGCUGCACGACCGGGUCAACAAUCGGUUCCGCGUGAAGCUGGGUGACAUUUCGCGCAUCAACAAGUACGGCGAACAGGCCAACUGUAUCUACGAGCGGGAUCCGGAGAUGCGCAAGUUUUGCUACUGCAAGGAAGAUCAUUAAGUAUUGCGGUGUUGCGUACUGUGAAGCGCAUAUUUGUUCCCUGAGCAUCUCGGAAGUCGUCGAGAAUCAUAGCUUUUUGGGCGAAUAAGUGAUCGUGUGUAAAAAAAAACUGAACAAAACAACAUGCACACACUUGGCUUACGCCGGUAGACUGUAAAGCCUACCUCUGUUUCAAGCGGACGACAAUAUGUACUAUUACAACACUGUUGCCCUGUUGACUGAUCAGUAGUAGAUAGUAGUGCAGUGUCGACGCUGUUGCCCCAACUUUGCCGGCAGCUCCUAAAACUCCCUCCCCCCUCCCCUAUUGCCCUCAUCCCACACGAAACCUCAGCCCCCUUUCAACCCAUCCUUCCGGCGUGGGGCAAGAUGUGAUGCGGCCUCCCUGUAAAUACAUUUUAGUACAUGUGUCCCGGGAAGAAUGGUGGCAGCAUGCUGUGCGGGCGGUAUUAUUACACUACUCUACAUUCAGUGUUUUUGAAGCAUUUAAACUAUUAUUCGAUGGGUCGAAUAAAUCGAUUCCCUGCAAUAACCGGCGCCAGUGACCGUCGCGUUGCAGAAUGUUAGGAUGUUAAGAAUCUCUCACCCCCCCCUUCCGCACUACCACGCGUCCUAGGCUUAAACACUGUCAGUAACGCUCGAGAAGCACUGCACUGCGAUGGAUGCAAAGUACGGAGCGUGAUCGACUGAAAUGCUCAUCCCCAUCUUUACCCCUUCCUUCUUUCGUGUGGGUGUGCUAAUUUUUGUGCUAAAUGCAAGCGUAUCAAGCUUAAGGUAAAAAUCGUGUGAAUCUCGUCAUUUGUAUUAGUUAGAUUAGUUAAAUGGAUUAAACGGUGAGAAUAGCAGCACAGGACGAAUCACGUGCACGUGAUGGGCAGCAGGUGGAUUGUUCAGGACGUCGGAAAGGAUUCUCUUUACAUUUGUUUAAACACAUUACUUAUGUGUGUUACCCAAAUUCAGGGAGAGGAUAUUGAAUUUUGAUGAAUGCACACGAAGCACAACAAGCAAGGUCGGCGAUAUAAGUUAAAAAAGCAUUAAGAAAAAGCGUCAAACGCAUUAGCUUUGCUAUGAAUUACAAAAUAUGCACUCAAACACUGUUUGCAAAACGGUGGUCUCAAACCGCAAAGUUCAGCACCAAAAUUAAGCUUUGGUAGCAGGAUGUAUGAUAAGUUUUAUUUUUUAUUUUUUUGUUUUUCAUCGCUAUUCCUGUUAAGACGUGGAGCGGGAUCGAGAAUGAAACGGAAUGAAAUGAAUUACAUGCAGCACAAACGUUCUUCUAAA